AAGGGUUACCUCUUGCAAUACAAGUAAUGGGGAGUCUCAUGCAAUCCAAGAUCGAAGAAAGUCAAUGGCAAGCUGUGUUAGAUAAUGAAAUAUGGGAUAUACCACGUGCUACAGAUAAAAUCAGACCAGAAUUGUGGCUAAGCUAUGUUAAUUUGCCUUCUGAAGUGAAGAAAUGUUUUGCCUUUUGUGCCCUAUUCCCGAAGGAUAGUUUUAUUAAAGUAGAUAUGCUGGUUCAAUUUUGGAUCGCUCAUGGGUUUAUUCCAUCUCAAACUGGAAAAGAUAUAGAAGUUGAAGGCCAUGAGAUUUUCAGUGAAUUGAUAUGGAGAUCUCUUCUACAAUAUGCUAGUUAUGAUUGUGGACAUUGUAAGAUGCAUGAUCUCAUCCAUGACCUUGCACAAUUUGUUACUGGAGAUGAGUGCUCCACAUUGGCUGAAAGAAACGAAUUCAUGAAAAUUUCAAAAAGGACCCGCCAUUUCGAAUUAAAUUUUGAUAUAGGAUAUAAUAUGGGUGAUUGCCCCCCUAGUGUUCGCACUGCAUUAAAUGUCCAAACAAACUUCAUUGGAUUGUCAAAGUUGAAGUUAGUCAGAGUGUUAAAGAUUCGUUAUGAAGCAAAUGUUGACGAGCUGUCUACAUCAAUACAAUAUUUGCACCAUCUAAGAUAUCUUAAUCUUUUUGGUACUAAAAUAAAGGAACUACCAGAAUCAAUCUGUAUGCUUAUAAAUUUGCAAACAUUGAACCUGAAUCAUUGUUAUUAUCUUACUAAACUUCCCAUGAGCAUAGUGUACAUGAACAGUCUUAGACAUCUUUAUAUUAGUAGGUGUCCAGAACUAAAAAUCAUGCGGUCUGGUUUAAGUCGAUUGCGUUGCUUGAAAACAUUGACAAAAUACAUUGUCUCUGAGAAAGCGGGGAACAAGAUAGGAGAGUUAAAGCAUUGGAAUCUUGACGGUGAACUUGGGUUGUAUGACCUCCACGAGGUGAAGAAUGCGGAUGAGGCAAAAGAAGCUAAUAUGAGUAGCAGACAAAACAUUAACUCAUUGUCCCUGUCUUGGGGAGCAUCAGUGGCAAAUGCAGAACAAGUGUUGGAAGCCCUGAAACCUCACGCUGCAUUAAAAGUGCUCAGUCUGCAUGAUUAUCCGGGCACACAGUUUUCAAUGUGGAUUAGAGACGGACAGCAACUUCAAAAUUUAGUAAGGAUCAGACUAGAAGGUUGCCAAGGAUGCCAACAACUCCCGCCCCUGGAGCAAUUACUUUAUCUUGAAGAACUCACUAUUCGUAGAAUGGAUAGCAUCAAAUACAUUAUUAAUAGCACGACAGGCGAUGCAUUAUCAUUAUUCCCUGCAUUGAGGUUUCUGAAAUUGCGUGAAAUGGCUAAUCUGGAAGGGUGGUAUCCAGGGGAGGAUAGAGAAACUGCUCCACCCAUGUUUCCAUGCCUUGCUAAUUUGAGGAUCACUCGUUGCCCGAAGUUGACAACCAUGCCACCACAAAUUCCAACUCUUAUAGAUUUAUCCAUAACAGAAUCAUACUGCGGGACACAAAUCGCACACAUGUCCAAGGAGAAGGGCUUCUUCAAGCAUUUGAAAUCUCUUGCAGCGUUGUCGCUAGAGAGAUGUGAUGAGUUGACUUUGCUGCUGGAAGACAAGGAGGAGACAAGACCCUUAAGCUCAUCACUUCAUUAUUUAGAUAUUGAUGAUUGCCAUCAGUUCUCAUUAUCAGCGGCUUUGCAUAACCUCACCUCUCUCGAAACUCUCAGCAUGGGUCAUUGUGAAGAGCUAUUGUCCUGGCCGGAUGAAAUGUUGAGAGAUUCUGGUGCAUCAUCACAAAGAGAUUGUGGUCUACCGUUUCUAGAGGAUCUUUCUGUUUCUGCUUGUGAUGCGCUGAUAGAAUUGCCCAAGUGCCCCACAUCACUCAAAAGCUUGUCUGUUUUCAAUUGUCCAAGCAUCAAGUCUUUAUGUUCAAAUAUGGGACACCUCACUUCAUUAUUUAAACUAGCGUUAUUUAAAUGCCCUGUGCUGGAGUCUCUACCAGAAGGGAUGCAAGGCCUCACUUCCCUUGAAGAGCUAUCUAUUGAAGAUUGUCCAGCGCUGAAGUCAUUCCCUGAAGGCCUCCAACAGCGGCUUCCUACUCUUAAAAGGCUUGAAAUCAGUGGAUGCCCUAAGCUAGAAAGGCGAUGUGGGCCAGGAGGAGAGUAUUUCCACCUUGUCUCUAGCAUCUCGGAAAGAUCCAUAGAAAGCAGCCCUAGAAGGACACUACUAGCACCUUGUCUAUAACAUCAUGAAAGCAUAAAUGGACAACAGAGGAAAAGAUGUUUCCUAGUUAUCUCAUGUCUUUCAUUGUGUAAAUAACUCUCGAGGUGUACUCUUUCUAGUUCUCAUUUUUGCAGUUUCCCUGAGUUGAUCUCAUUGUCCAAACCAACUUCCAGCCAUUUUAUCAGUGACUAUACUGCAGCAAGUGGGACCACACUUCAUUAUCAAGAGGAUGAGAUGCCCAGCUGAUUCACAUAUUGUUUUGCACAAGAAUUUUGGGCUUUUCUCUUCAAAGAAUUGGACUUGUAUUAGCUUUAUGCUAUCUGUGACUAAGCAAAUCUCCAAAGGAUAAAGGCUCAACAUGUUAAGAUAAAACCCCCCAGCCCCCAGGAGAAAUAAAAAAAUUGGCUUGUUUUUCCCGAUCGAACUCCUUAGGAAGAGUUUGGAGUUGCUGGCGGUUAUUUCUUGGCAACAAGCAGAAAGUUCAUUACAUUAUAGAUGGAUCCUCAGAUGCUUUUAUCUAUCAUCAGCAAUCAGCAGAAGCUUAUUUCUUGGAGAAUCAAAGCCAUUGUUGCAUGUUUUACCUAUAGAAUGAGUUUGAGAAUGAAAAGAAUUCCUCUUCUGAUUUCAGAAUUGAUUACAAAAAUUGUGUAUUGUUGAUUCUGGUGGCCUUGUUUUCAUUCAUUUAAUGAAAAUUUGAUUCCAACUCC